AUGUAUUAAAAUAAACCGUGUUGAAUUCGUAAAAGUUUUAAUUAAUAUAUAUAUAUAUAUAUACAUAAAACUCGUGCAUAUCGUUAAAGCUCCAUUGAAACUUCGAUUAACGAAAGAUGUCACAAAAUAAGUAAUGGCAGUGCCUAAUGAAAUAGGAUUAGGAAGUUUUGACUAUUUGAGAUACUGUUUGUUUGGAAAGCUUGGUGUAAGAAACCUAUAAAAAGAAAACGCUCUUAUUCACUUGUUUAUUGGUGAUAGGAUUAAUUACAAGCUUCAGGUAAAAUAAUAGAGUGACACAUUGACGAUAACAUGGAAGUUUUGAAAACCACGAAUGUGAAAACCGAACCUAUUUCUGAUGAGGAGAAUGGUUUGUUGGAAGUCAAGAUUUUGAAAAACGAAGCUAGGAAAACGUCACUUAGUUUGACAAGAAAGGCUGCUUCCCCCAAAAAAAGAUCUUCAUUUACAGUUUUUGAUUUUAAAAUAAAAAAAGAAAAGUAUGAUGAAGAACUAAAGGAAACUGAGAACACACUUGUCAAAGUAAAAACUGAACAAAGUGGUGAUUCAACAAAGGAUGGCAUUAUUUCCAAGUUCAGUGAGAGUGAUGAUGAAACUGUUGAUUAUUCACAACAUGAUGUUAUGAGUGUGAAAAGUGAACCAAAAGAGGAGUUUCGACAAAUUAACUCUGAGUUAGAAGGUUUAUCAGAUCCAAAGACCUACUUGAACAAUUAUUGUGGAAAGCAAUAUCCUGGCUGUGAUAUUAUAACACAAAAUUCUCUAUUUUCAAAGUCAGAAAAUUCCAAAUCCCUGAAUCCAAGUGGUUUUAAUACAUUUGAUAAAACAAUAUCCAGUGUAAAUUACCAAAAAAGAUGUAAUGUUUCCCAUAAGGUAGCUGAAUCAUACAGUAGCAUUGAGUUUGACAAAGAAUUGGAAAAAAAUCAUGUGAAAAUACACAUUGGAAAGAAACAGCACAGUUGUGGAGUGUGUGGAAAACAACUUGUAACACAGGGUAACUUAAACAUACAUUUGAGGAUACACACUGGAGAGAAACCUUACAGUUGUGUAGUGUGUAAUAAAAGAUUUCGAAGUAAUAGUCAGUUAAAACAACAUGAGAGAGUACAUACUGAGGAGAAACCAUACACUUGUGUAGUUUGUGAUAAAAAAUUUAGAUGUAAGAGUGCACUUAACGAACAUGAGAAGGUGCACACUGGAGAGAAACCUUACAGUUGUGUAAUGUGUAGCAAAAGAUUUCGAAGUAGUAGUCAGUUUAAAAGACAUGAGAGGACACACACUGAUGAGAAACCAUAUGGUUGUGUUGUGUGUGGAAAGAAAUUUUUAACAAAUACCUACCUACAAGAACAUGAAAGGAUACACACUGGAGAGAAACCAUACACUUGUGUUGUAUGUAACAAAACAUUUCGAAACAAUAGUCAGUUAAAACAACACGAGAGAAUACAUACUGGUGAGAAACCGUACACUUGUGCAGUUUGUAAUAAAAAAUUUAGGAGUAAAAGUCAACUUAACACACAUGAGAAGGUGCACACUGGAGAGAAACCUUACAGUUGUUUGGAGUGUGGAAAAAAAUUUGUAUCAAGUACUUGUUUACAAGAUCAUGUAAGGAUACACACUGGAGAGAAACCAUACACUUGUUUAGUAUGUAAUAAAGGAUUUCGAAGCAGUAGUCAGAUAAAAAACCAUGAGAGUGUACAUACUGGUGAGAAACCUUACAGUUGUGUAGUUUGCUAUAAAAAAUUCAGAAGUAAAAGUCAACUUAAUGGACAUGAGAAGGUGCACACUAAAGAGAAACCUUACAAUUGUUUAGUGUGCGGUAAAGAAUUUGGGAGUAAUAAUGAACUUAAAGUACAUGAGAGGAUACACACUGGAGAGAAACCAUAUAGUUGUGUAGAGUGUGGAAAAGAAUAUGGGAGAAGAAGUCAACUUAAAACUCAUCAGAGGGUGCAUACUGGAGAGAAGCCAUAUAGUUGUAUAGAGUGUGGUAAAAAAUUUGGAAGAAAUAGUUAUCUUAAAAUUCACCAAAGGAUACACACUGGGGAGAAACCAUACAGUUGUGUAGAAUGUGGCAAGAAGUUUGGAGGUAAUGAUAAACUUAAAGCACAUAAAAGGAUACAUACUGGAGAGAAACCAUACAGCUGUUUAGUGUGUCAUAAAGAAUUUACAAGAAAUAAUGAUGUUAAGAUACAUCAGAGGACACAUACUGGUGAGAAACCAUACAGUUGUGUAGCAUGUGGCAAAGAAUAUACAAGUAGUAGCCAACUUAAAAUACAUAAGAGGACACAUACUGGGGAAAAACCAUACAGUUGUAUAGUGUGUGGCAAACAGUUUCGAAGCAGUUGUCAUCUAAAAACUCACCAAGCAAUACACACUGGGAAAAGACCACACAGUUGUGUAGUAUGUGGUAAAGAAUUCAGAAGAAACUGUGAUCUUAGAACUCAUCAAAGGAUACACACAGGAGAGAAACCAUACAGUUGUUUAAUGUGUGGUAAAGAAUUUGUAAGUAACAAUAAACUUAAAACACACCAGAGGGUACAUAGUGGAGAAAAACCAUACAGUUGUGUAGAGUGUGGUAAAAAAUUUGGAAGAAGUAGUAAUCUUAAAGCUCACCAAAAGAUACACACUGGAGAGAAACCAUUCAGUUGUGUAGAGUGUGGAAAAAAGUUUGUAAGUAAUGGUAAACUUAAAACACAUCAGAGGGUACAUAGUGGGGAGAAACUGUAGAUUUAUGUACAGGAUGUCCAAAAAGUCUGAAACCACAGGCACUUCAACAAAUUGUACAGAAUGUGUUGUACAUGCUGUACUCUUAAUUCAAAAGAAGUUUGGAUUAACAGCAGGAUUAAUUUGAACUACUCAUGCUUUGCUAGUACCAUAAUCGGUCACAUAUGUGAAAUUAAGAAAUGUUACAAAUUGCUUUUGAUUCCAGACUUUUCGGACACCAUGUAGUAUGUGGUAAAAAAUUUUGAAAAAAUAAUGAUUUAAGAAAUCAUGAUAACACACAAACUGGGAAGAAACCACCUGGUUGUUUGAUGUGGUGAGAAUGUGUAUGUAGUUAUUGCCUUAAAAUAUAUAAAAAUGUACACAGGUGGCAAAAACUGUAAAUGUCUGAAAUGAAGAAGUGACUACCUGUUUUGUAAAGCACUGUUGUGGGAAAUGAUAAGAGUAAUAAACAUAAAAUUCAAAUAAUGUUUAUAAAUUUGUGUGCA